AUACCUAUAGGCGAGGUAACGACAUUACCCACAAUGCAUUAUUACUGCACCGUCGCCAUACUGGUAGAAGAAAAGUGAAAGAAAAUUCUAUACGUUUUGUAUGCUUGUUAAUGGUAAUUAAGUGAAAUGGAACUUCACCCAUUUGCCCUUCAGCAGGGUCAAUUUGGAUUUCACCAAGGCAAUAUAGGAAUAAUUAACAUGAAUCCCAUGCAGUUCAACAACGGCGGGGAGGAAUAUGAAGAAGGAGAAUACAUCAAUGAGAACUACGGCUAUGAGGAAGGAGGGUAUGACCUUUUACCUGGUCAUCUGGGCCAGAAACAGAACAUGGACAACCAGGCGGACUAUGAUAGAGAGAGGGACAGAGAUAGAUCAAGAAGGCGUGAUAGAGACAGGGAUGGACGCCGUAGAGAUGAGAGGAGGUCGUCUCACGAUCGUGACAGAAAUCGUAGACGAGACCGGGAUCGUGACAGGGACCGAGAUAGAGGAAGGGAUAGAAGAGACAGGGAGAGAAGUUCACACAGAUCAUCAGAUGAUGACAGGGAUUCAGACAGUCGUGAUAGCUAUCACAGGUCUGAUCAGAGAGAGGAUAGAGCGGGGGAGAAAUGGAUGACAGACACACCCACAAACACCAUCCUGCUCCGAAAUCUGCCGCCACAGGUGGAGGAAAAAGACAUUCGAGCAGAACUGAUGAUGUUUGGGGCACCUGUGCGCGAUGUCCGUCUCAUGAGAAGAAGUACAGGUACCUCACGGGGCUUUGCAUUUGUGGAGUUUCAGAGUGUGGCAGAUGCCCAGCGGUGGAUGGAUCAUUAUCAGGGCGUGCUUAACAUCCAGAACCAUUACUCAGCCACCAUGCACUACAGCACCCCAAAGACGCCUGACAAGGGCCCCAUCCACAAGACAGACUGGACCUGUAGCAAGUGUGGCGUCCAUAAUUUCAAGAGAAGGGAUCACUGUUUCAAGUGCACUUUGUCGCGAGAAGAGUCUGAGAGGAAACAGGAAGGGGAUGGCUUUGACCAGGUCGGCACAAAUCCAUGCAACACCUUAAUUUUGCGAGGAUUAGAUGCUUUGACAACUGAGGACAACAUCUUGCACGUAAUGAGUCAGAUCACCACUUUCCCUCUGAAGAAUGUUCAGAUCAUCCGUGAUGAUGCCACGAACACGUCCAAGGGGUUCGGGUUCAUGGAGCUGAACACUGUCAAUGAGGCGUCUCAGCUGAUGGACCAGUUCAAUAACCACGUUCCACUUGAAGUGGACGGCAAACAGCUGCUGGUGAAUUAUGCCAAAAAUACAUUCUCCACUGUGAUGGCCACAAUAAGUGCUGCUGCAAGCCAGUUGGGUACAGCUCAGGGCCAGGGCUGGGCUUACAACCAAGCCAACCAACAGGGUUUCUAUGAUCAGAACUAUUAUCAGGGUACAGACUACAACCAGGCAGCCUACAAUCAAUACUACGAGGGCACGCAGACGGAUUCUACAAAUGCAGCAGCAGCUGUAGCCCAGGCAGCCAUCAAUAAAUCCCUGGCAGCCAAGGCUACCCCACAACAGAAAAAGGGCCAGACCAAAGAACCUCCUCAGGCGCCAACUCAAGAGCAGAUUGCUGCCCAGGAUUACCCAACAUAUCCUCCCCCUGACGUGUCUACGUACCAGUACGAGGAAACCUCUGGGUACUACUAUGACCCCCUCACAACCUUGUACUAUGACGCCAACUCCCAGUACUAUUACAAUGCUCAGACAGGCCAGUUCCUGUACUGGGACGCAGAGAAGUCAACCUACUUACCAGCCCCCACUGGGCAUGGAGCCACCCCAGCAAGCGAGGGGGAGGGAACAUUAGAGAAGAAGAAUAAAAAGGAGGAAAAGAAGGAGAAGAAUAAAAUGGCAAAGAAAAUAGCUAAAGACAUGGAAAAAUGGGCUCAGACCAUGAAUAAGCAAAAAGAGGCAAUGAAAGGCUUUAAUGCAGCACUGAAAGCUAUGAAUGGACCUAAUGAAAGGAAAGAAUCAGCCACUGCUGAUGCAGGCUAUGCCAUUCUGGAGAAAAGUGCUAAGGGAGGUUUAGAGGACAAGAAGUUGAUGCCUCCACCAACAGUAGCUACUAACUCGCCCAGCCAGGGGUCGGGCGGUGGUAAGCCCGGUCUGGUGGCAUCCUACGGUGGUGACAGCGAUGAGGAGGAGCCCGGUGAUGACGACUCUGGAAUCCUGGACGAGAGCCGACUGACGGACUGGAACAAGCUGGCCUGUCUGCUGUGUAAGAGACAGUUCCAGACCAAGGAGAUCCUCAUAAAGCACCAGCAGAUGUCUGACCUCCACAAGCAAAAUUUAGAAAAUCUUGUGAAGAUGAAGGCUGCAGCAGGUGGGAAUGACUCGGGACAGUUUCAAUAUCGAGACAGAGCCAAGGAGAGACGUGACAAGUACGGGAUUCCCCCUCCCCCAGAACCCCGACACAAGAGACCAGAUCUUCCCGUGCCGUAUGAACAGCCUACCAAGUCUGGUAUCGGAGGAGACAACAUAGGCAAUAAGCUAUUACAGAAGAUGGGCUGGAAGGCUGGCAAAGGGCUGGGCAAGUCUGGACAGGGCAUCGUCAACCCCAUCGAGGCUGAGAGGAGAGCCCAGGCGGCUGGACUAGGGAUGAGAGGAGCUAACUAUGGCACGACCGCCGGCGAUGAUUACAGGGAGUCCGUCAAGAAAACCAUGUUUGCCAGAUAUCAUGAAAUGGACUCCUGAUGAAACACUGAUGCUAGAGUGACUGUGUAUGUGUAUUAUAUAGGAAGCUUGUGUAUGGAUGUGCUUAAAAGGAACUGGGAAAUGCAAGGAAUUCUGUUCUAACCAAUACAGACCUAAAAAGGGUGUACUGUUGUUGAAGGAAUUCUUCAAUUAUUAAUCAUUUCAUUUUGCGUAUGACCUUUGAUAUCUGUGAUUUUAAUUUGAACUCGUUAUGUUAAAAAGAUACUUUUAAGAAUCAGGUGAUGAUUGAUAAAGAAUUGGAGAAUGCCAAUAGUAUUCUACCAUUGUAAAUAUAUAAAUGCAGCAAUAAAAAUCAUUACGAAAGAAAUUCAACUGUUUUACUGUUUAAAUGGUGAUCUUAUUAUCUACUUAUUGAUAAUUAAUGUGAAUUUAAAACUGAUCUAUUUUGUCUUGAUCUUUAACUUAUAUUUUAGAUAGUGCAAUGUAAAUGAAAUUAAACGAUUGCAAGAACGACUCAUUGGCAAAGAAAGACAAAAAUUUUCAAUUGAGUAAAAUAUAAGCGUCAAACUGCUUUUUCUGUUUGAUAGUGCACAGCUCAAGUGCCUCAGACCAUCUAAUUCAAUAUCUGACAAAAAGUCAGAAUUUGCUGCUUAAUAAUAAAAAUUCAUAUUAAGUUAAAACUAU